AUGCCGAUCCACACCGCGACUGCCCUCACCGGCAAGACCCUCCACCAGCGAAGCAAGUCCAUCACCACAAUCAACAGCAAGAGGGUGCUUGGCGAGACGAACACCAACCUCAAGGUAGCUCCGAAAGACGACUCCGAGAUUGGCAAGGCUUCACCAGGGAAGAUUCGAAUUGGAGAAGAGCCACAAAUACCAGCGCAGGCGUUCCAGCGUCCAGCAGUCCGUCCCCUCGGCGUUAAGAGCGCAUCGAGUCAGAACGUGCCGCUGAAGUCACAACAAAUGCCAACGACAGGCGAGAACCCAGUGAAGAAGAUUGUGGCCAAGAAGAGCAAGGUCCUUCGUGACACCCUUCCAGCAUCCGCGCAACAAGAGGGCAUUGCCAAGGAGUCGAACACGGUCCCAGCAUCGGACACAGUCGCUGCUCCUUCGCAGCCAGUGGCAGCUCUCAAGCAAAACACGAGCGUCCAGGAAGUUCACAGAGUCGAGAAUGUGCCUCUUCGCGACGAACCUGUUGCUAGACCACAGGCGCAACCAGCCCAGGUCAACAACUCGUAUGGCGUUCCUCUCCCGACGAUUCCACAGGCCCAGUAUCCAUAUGCAUACCAACCCGUUCAUGCCCCCGUCCCCACGACAGCUCACAUUGCCCCUGCCACCACAGUCCCUCAAGUGCAGCUAGCCACCCCGCCCACCGACCAGUACAUCGAGGACGACUUCGAUGAUGAGGACCAGGACUACAUGACUGCCCAGUCGUUCGAUCUCCGUGGAGAGCUCACCGAGACGACGAUCUUCAAUCCUCAGCACGGAAAGAAGCACAAGCAAGAGCUUGCUGAUGCGAAGGUAUGGGUGGAGGCCAACCGUACUGCUGAAGACAUCGAGGAUGAGCAGUGGGAUACGUCGAUGGUGGCUGAGUAUGGCGACGACAUCUUCGAAUACAUGCGCGAUAUGGAGACUCGGAUGUCGCCGAACCCAUACUACAUGGAGCAGCAGACGGAGAUCCAAUGGUCCAUGCGAGGAGUGCUCAUGGAUUGGGUCGUGCAAGUCCACCAGCGCUUCAACCUGCUACCCGAGACCCUCUUCCUCACCAUCAACUACAUCGACCGCUUCCUGUCUUGCAAGAUAGUCUCCUUGGGCAAGCUGCAGUUGGUUGGUGCUACGGCCAUCUUCGUCGCCGCCAAGUACGAGGAGGUGAACUGCCCAACCAUCCAAGAGAUCAUUUAUAUGGUGGACAAUGGAUACACUGCAGAGGAGCUUCUCAAGGCCGAGCGAUUCAUGCUCAGCAUGCUGCAGUUCGAGCUGGGAUGGCCUGGCCCCAUGAGCUUCCUCCGACGCAUCAGCAAGGCCGACGACUACGACCUGGAGACCCGCACACUGGCCAAGUACUUCCUGGAGGUGACGAUCAUGGACGAGCGGUUCGUAGGCUGCAAGCCAAGCUUCCUCGCUGCUGGUGCUCACUGCAUGGCUCGCCUCAUGCUUCGGAAAGGAGACUGGACCACGGCACACGUCUACUACUCCAACUACACGUUCCGCCAGCUGCAUCGUUUGCUCGGUGCCAUCUUCGAGUGCUGCUUGGAUGGCCAGACUCAUCACGGUGCCGUGUUCGACAAGUACACCGACAAGCGGUACAAGCGUGCUUCGACGUUCGUCCGUGGUGAGAUCGUGCGCGGUUUCAAGCUCCCAUUCAACUACCGCAGCAGCUCCAUGGGCCCACAGAACACCACUGGCAACAUGCCGAUGCAGUAA